UACCGCAAUGAAAUAGCUUCUUGUCGUAGUGAUGAUUUAUGCUUGUUGAUCCUGCCGUGCCCUCGAAGAUCUUACUGUAUUAUAGUUGACUGUUGGUCUGCUGUGAUGAUGCUUGUUAUGUCGGGAGACGUCGAGGAAAACCCCGGGCCUGCUACGACGCAAGAGCUCUUGCAAACAAUCUUGAAAAAUCAGGCCAAGUCUGAACGUGAUUUGAAUGCUAUUAGAGACCAAAUAUCUGAAGUAAACGUUAAAACAGAUAAGCUAACCAGUUCGCUUGCUUUAAUCCAUGAAACGAUGAUUGAUUUAAUUGAUACUUUAGAAGCUACUGUCCGGCAGCAGGCGGAAAGGCUGGUAGACUACGAAAACAGAAGCCGGAUACACAAUCUUUUGGUAUUCGGUCUCGCUGAAAAAAGUAUAGAAUCUGAAUCUGAUUUAAUGGUUUCGGUCGUGGACAAGAUAUUUAAGGAAAAACUUGAUGUAGAAGUUAAGACGAUCGAGAGAAUACAUCGCAUGGGAAAGGUACAGCCCGGGAAGGUUAGGCCAGUCAUCAUGAGAUUAUAUGACUACCGGGAAAAGGAGCGUGUGAUGAAAAAUUGUCCGAGGCUGAAGGGAAGUUCCAUAAGUAUUAGUAAUGACUAUGCGAGUGAAACAGUGGAAGUGCGGAGGAAGUUAUGGCAAAGUGCGGCUGCUGAGCGUGAUAGCGGUUUGAAGAUUUCCCUGAAUCACGAUAAGCUCAAAAUAAACAAUAAGCUCUACACUUGGGAUCAGAACAAGAAUGAGCGUUGUGCGAUUAAGGCAAGAGGGAUGGCAGGGCUGCCCCUGCUACCCGCUCGAAUGCCGCAUCUGCGUCAAACACUUCCCCUUCCACUUCUGCGCCAAAAUCGUAGCUAUGCCUGCUUGUACUAAAUGCUCGUAGCAUUGUAAAUAAGGUCA